AUGUCGACCCUAUACUCAUACCCCCUCAAACCAGCCUCCUGGAACGAAAGAGACGUGCUCCUCUUCGCAACCAGCAUCGACAUCGACCCAUCCCAACUACAAUACCUCUACGAAAACCACCCCAAAUUCACCCCAUUCCCAACCUACCCCAUCGCCCUAACCUUCAAACACAAUCACACAACCACCACAUCCUUCGCCUCCCACUUCACCCAACACCUCACUCCCCCGCCCAACUUCAUCCCAGACUUCCCCAAACUCGACAUAACCCGCGUCGUAGACGGACAACGCACGCUUCAAAUCCUGCGGACGAUUCCCACCACCUCUAAGGGCCGAGACUUCCGGAUCCGAUCGACAGUUACCGGCGUCUGGGACAAAGGACGCGGCAAACCAACCAUCAUCCAAACGGACCACGUCUUGCUGGAAAUCCCCAAAGUCGCCACGACGUUCGGCGGGCGGAAAGUCGAGGAGAUUUUCACGCGCAUGUCUGAAACUGCCAUCUUCAUGGGCCAGGGCGGAUGGGGUGGUCCUAAUCCUCCUUGCCCCUCAGGAACAGACACUUUCAAGCCAGCCCGUCACCCCGACGUAACACACCACCACCCCAUCCCAUCAAACGCCCACCUCGUCUACCGCCUCAACGGCGAUUACAACCCCCUCCACGCCACCGGGGUGCAAGCAGCGAUCGUGCAGCCGACGCCGAUUAUGCAUGGGUUAUACAGCUGGAAUGUCGUUGCAGGGAUUGUCGUGAAGAGGUUUGGCGGGGUGUUGAGGAGGUUUCGGGCGAGGUUUGCAAAGCCGGUGAGGCCCGGGGAUGGGCUUGAGGUGGAGAUGUGGAGGGUUGAGAAGGGGAGUGGGGAGUUUGAGGUGAGGUUUGAGGCGAGGGUGGAGGGGAAGGUGGUGCUUGCGGAAGGGGUUGCGGGGUUGGAAGGUGGGAGAGGGGAGGUUGGGCAGGUGCGAAAGGUGCAGGAAUUGGUCUCGAGGUUGUAG